AUGCAGGAUCUAUGCAUAAUAUACUCCAUUGACAAAGGAUCACCACGACAGACGGCGUAUUGUCGAGUAAAUAUUCAAGUCCUGGAUAUUAACGAUAAUCCACCGAAAUUCGUCUAUCCAACUCAAAUGAAUCAUACUAUUCACUUCUCGCCUUGGAAUACUCCCGGAAGCCCUCUCCUGAAACUGACAGCAGUAGACAAUGACGCGGGCGUCAACGCGGAGAAAAUCUUCCUUAUCGCAGAAGGAAAUGAGAAGGGUAUCUUUCAACUAGACAUACAAACUGGUGACCUGAGUCUCAAACCCGGUCUUGACCCACUGAAAGUUGCUGGUCGAUACAAUCUCAAAUUAGAGGUUCGAGAUGACGGAUCGCCAUCCUUGUCUAGCUUCACCUAUAUAACUGUGAUUCUUGAUGCUUCUCGUCCACCUCCAAGCCCAUCAGUUUUUCCUUCAGGUAAAAAGCCAAUUGAUCAUACGCCCGUGAAGGGACCAAACCAGAACUUCAAACCCAGUCGCAAUCAGCGCGAUCAACAACUCCCUUACACGGAUGCCCGUCGACCUCCAACUGAAUCACACCCAGAAUGGAUUGAUUCAGGAAUCGGUGGAAGCAUCUUCGGUGGAGAGCACACUCUCAUUUUAAUCAUUUGUCUCUCAGCAAUCGCCACAAUGCUUGUUCUCAUUCUCUUCAUUAUUCUUGCAUGGAUGAGGAGACGUAGCCUACUCGCAUCUACUAGGCGUGGAGGUCAUAGAAUGAGUCCAGGUGGUCAAGGACACUUGAAAAACGUGUUUAUUGAGAGUACCCCAAGGGCUAUAAACAUUGGUUCCUCGGGUAGCUGGGGUGAUGGUGGGAAGAUGGAUGAAAAUUUGGCAAAUGAAACUCUAGGUAAACGUUCUUCUCCGGUAUACUGGUUAAAAGCUUCAACUGGAUCGAAAGGUGCCUUGGAUGGAAAAAAUAUCCACCUACAACCUGUGAAAAGCAGCGGUUCCGACUUUUCUGACGAUACCCUUCCACCAUCAAUGUUCCGUGGAGACCCACAGCAAGCGAAUAAUUGUCUUUACGCCACAUCUCCAGCCCGACAAGUGGUCUAUCAUAAUUCAAAUAUAUCUGGACCAGCACCGGUGAUUACUUGUGAUAAUAGGGGAGAUACCUACCUAUCGAUACCUUCGACCAGUUUCUCUGGAGUUCCCACGAAGUAUAUUGUUGAUUUCCCCGUUGGAUCGGGUAAGGAUAAGUAA